AUGAUUUUCCCCUCCUUUUCACUCUCCAUCAUUCUCGCACUCCUCACCCUCAGUGCCGCUCUCCCACAAUCUUCCACAGACACCAACCUCACCAGUAACCCCGGAUCUUGGCACCGUCUCCCAUCCAUCCCCCUCUAUCCCCGUCAAGAACACACAACCGUGUAUCUAGACCCCUACAUCUACAUUCUCGGCGGUAUCAUCCCGUCCAACUCCAUCAGCGACCCGUAUCCCACCACAACCCUCAUGCAGCGCUUCUCCCUCGCCACCAAUACCUGGACCCGCGCGGCCGAUCUUCCGCUCCCCCUCAACCACGCCAACGCCGCCAUCCUCAACGGCGCCAUCUAUCUCCUUGGCGGGCUCACCCCUGACUCCGCCGGCAUCUGGCUCGCCAACCGCUCCUGUUACCGCUACGAUCCCAGCAGCGAUACCUGGACCCAACUAUUCACCUCUUUUCCCUCCGGUCUCCAAAUCGGCGCUGCAGCCGUCGCCCGCCGCGGCAACACCAUCUAUCUCGCGGGCGGCCUCACCUAUCUCAAUCUCUCCGAAACCUACCAACCCAGCGUCUCGUAUUUCACAGCGUACACCGCCGGCUUCGAGACGUGGACUUCUCUUCCUGCGCUCCCGGAGCCGAGAGAUCAUGCGGGAAAAGGGUUUAUUGGGGAUAAUGGCCCGUUUUAUGUUAUUGGAGGAAGGAAAUUUGGACAUGAUAAUGUGGUGGGAACUAAUUACAUGUAUGAUUUUCAGGAGGGGGAGUGGAGUGAGAAAAAGAGGAUGUUGACCCCGAGAGGGGGAGUGGCGAGUGCGGUGGUGGGAGAGAGGAUUUUUGUUAUUGGCGGGGAGGGAAAUCCGGAGAGUGGGAGUGGAGUUUUUGAAGAGAAUGAGGCGUAUGAUACAGGGAGGAAUCAGUGGAGGAGAUAUGCACCGAUGGAUGUUCCGAGGCACGGCACAUCCGCAGUAGCCGUCGGAAACCGAAUCUACGUUCCCGGUGGAGGAUUGACCGAAGGGGGAGACCCCACAGAUUACUUUAGUUAUUUUGAGGUUCCUUAUUAG